CUGACCCACAUCAGGGCUGAUACCGUAUCCUGCCAGAAAAUCUAACUGCACACGGUCGAUUUCAGCAUCAUGAUGGACGAGCUGGUGCAGGACCUGGUCUCUGCACUGGAGCAGGCCUCGGAGCAGAGUAAGCUCGAGGAGCUGUGGGGGGAAAUGAUCCCAAGUCCCCUGCAGCAACGACGGCAGAUCCGACGGCGCAGAGGCCGCAAACGCUUCCACGAGUCCUCGGUCUAUCCCGUGGCUCGCAGACGAUGCUGGAUGGAGGCCUCGGAGUCCAGCAUGGAUGAGGCUAAAGAGUACAGGAAGAACCUGCCCUCUGCUUUCAAAACCUCUUUGGCCAACAACAGCGACUCCGAUGAYACAACCGACCACCGCUGGCCGUGUGUCGUCAGAAGCCCAGUCAGGGCAAGGCGGCCCUCCUGGCCAGAGUCGGAUUCCUUCACUGAYAAUAAUCCAGGACGACCUCUCAGGAGGCGCAGGAAGGUCAAACGAAUGACCUCGGAUGUGAGGGUCAGAUUUCAGCAGAAGUUACAUGCAAGGGAUGAUGAUAAGAAAAGGCCUCGCCUGUCUCCAGUGCAGUGUCUGUCAGGACCGGAGAGGAGGCUGAGUGGCUGGAUCGGAGCAGAGCGACAGACUGACGGAGGCAGGCUGAUGGGAAAGGAGCGCUGGAAGAGAAAGAUUGCAAAAGAACACAGAGAUGCGCAAGAUGAAAAUAUGUCUGAUGGGGAAACCAGCAGCACCUGCAGCAGUGACCCUGGUCUGUUCACCAAUGAUGAGGGAAGACAAGGUGACGAUGAGCAGAGUGACUGGUUCUUUGAAGGGGACUGUGGGGUCGGGACGGCGGUGACGGGUCUCCUGCCCAACUGGGACACCGACAACUCGCUUUCCCUCCAGAAGAGACAAACUCGGCCCAACUUCCUGCAACCUGCACGCUGUUCUGUCAGAGGCUGUCACUCUCGUCCCGAUCGACUGCUUUGCUCAGCUGCUGGCUGCUUCAGGAGGGACAGGAGACGACUUCCCAGGAAGAACCCCAACAUGUCAGUGUUUGUAGAAAGACUGAGGCACUUCUCCCAGGAUCAGUGCCAGAGAAACUACUGGCUGCCUCCUGUUGGAAAACAAGACAGAAACCAGUUAAACCCUCUGUGUCCAGUUUGUCCCAUUGACACGAUGUCAGAAAGUUCCCAUCUCAGGUGUUCCACCUCGCUCUUCAGAAACAGGACGAGUAAUUUCACUCCAGGACUGUUUUGUUCAGCAGACACGAAGAGGAGGAGAGAAACAGAAGCUGUGUCCAUCACAGCAUCAGCCACCGCCCCAUUUCACACAGAUCCGCAGAAAGAAGAGGUAAAAGAAGGAGCCAGCAACACAGCAGCCCUAGAAGCAGUGGGACCAACGGCACCUGAGUUUUCUGAGGGUUUGUCUUUAUUCCACGAGGACACUUGAAUGGAGAUCGACAGGCUCAUCUAAUUCCAGCAGAAUGUGGCAAAAAGAAAACUAUUGUGCCUGGGGAAGAAAAAAAAGAAAGAAACAAAAGCUUGAACUGUUAUUACUGCGAAAACUUUACAACAAAGAAAAAAAAUACAAAGCACAUCAUUAGUCUUCAAAUCAGCAUGUUCCUGCUAGAUCCAGUCCUUCCAGGUAUAUUAAGCAUGACAAAUGUUAAUGCAAUCAAGCCUUGUUAAGCCCUCUGCCAUCUCCUCAAAGAAGAAGGCAGCUUCAAGUGGCUCCUUGUUUGACUCUAGACUUUAGUGCUCCUCCUGUUUCCACACAGUCUCCAGGCCUCCCGUGACUGCACAGUCCAGUAAUUACGUCCACUCUAGAACUGCAGCACUUGUCAGCAGGAACCUUGGAAGCGUGGUCAGUUGAGGCACGGUAGCCAGGGGGGGAGAGUGUCUGCUCUACCUUAGGGCCGCCAACAAUGGCUGUAAGAACAUCACAAUGUUUGGCUACCACACGCUGUCACAGGGUUAAGAGAGGCAACCACCGGUGGCGAGCCACACAAAGUACAGGCUUCCUAUUAGCAUGGAUUUGAAAAGCUACAGUUGCUACAAAGGUGCUCAUUAGCACAACACAGAGGGAGCGUAGUCACGGUCCUCGGAGGGCCGCCUCUGUUCUCAUCAGGUUACCUUCCAUAUUCAAAGUUCUCCCAAACGUAUUUAAAGUUCAAGGCCCGCUGCAGGUCUGUUUGAAAAGGCUGUUUUUCAGCGAUGCUGGCUGAGUGACUUUAAAUGAACGGACGCUCGCAAAGAGAAGUUAGAGAAGCUGUAGGAAACAGGAGACAGGACUCACACGGUACUUUCACAAAGCCUUGGGGUGUACUGUUUACCAGCACUUUCACCAGCAGAUACAUUAAAAGAUCAAUGCAGCCUACAGUGAGAUCAAACAGCAGUUUGAGCCAAGCCAGUAAACAAGAAGGCUUUUCCAGAAAGAUGCAUAUGCACUAUAUUAGUAAAAACUUUUGUAGUCUGUAAAUGCCCUGCACCUGCAGGCUACCUAAUUCUGUUAAAAGGAACCUGGGAGGUAUUUUACUUGGAAACAAAGUAUUUCUCUCUUAUAAAUAUCUGCACAUUUUAAAUCAAAAGUAACAAAUAUGGACUUUAUAUAACAAGAUAUCACCAGCUACACAACACAUGUCUUUUCAGACCUUUUUAAAGCCAUUUUUAAGAGAAGAAUCGCAUUUAAUAAAAUKAGAUUUGCCAAUUAAUAUGAGUUAUACGUCCGCAAUAAUCCUUGUGAGAAGGAUUUAUGUGAUCAUGUUUUAGAGGGGUGACAUUUAUAAAUGCUGUGUGUGCACACUAGUCUAAAUGGAUGCCUCACACAAGACACGCUGCCACAGAAAUCAGUCAAAGUGUUCAGACAGAGAGCGCCCCCCAACCCCCCUCGGCUAAGCUAYCGCCGCCUCUCCUCCUGCAGCUCGACUCCAGGCUGGGCUCACAUCAGGAGCAUAAACCUGAUUAAUAGGAAUUGCACAGGUUGGGGUUYAUUAUUAAACAAAAAAAGAGAGCUCCCAUUAAUGGCUUUUUAGAGAUACACGCCUCUGAACUUGUUGACAAGUAUUGACUGUAAUUGUUUUAGAAGAGCUUUGUGCCGCUGCCUUAUCUGACAGCCUGUGUUUUGGUGCCAAUGAAGUGACAGGAGAAAAAAAAGAUGCAUCAAACAUUCCCAUCAGUAGGAGGAGAAGAAUACCUCUCAUAAUUAGCAGUCACCAUAAUGACACCUCAGCCAGACCUUAUGUCGCGAAAUGAAUUUACAAUGGCUUGGAAAUGAGCGAGUAGCAUCCGUGGAGUUAGUCAAUUGUCCUGUUACAGUUAAGGAAUCCAGCAGGCUGGUACCACUCAUAUUUCAUCCCAGGUAAAGAUUACCUGUCAGGCCCAUGGGAGAUGUAUUGAUCUGUUUUCCUUUUUCCGCCAGCAAUCACCUGACAAAGGCACCUAGGAGGUGAGUGAGUGAGCGAUGCCUGGUGUGUCUGGUCGAGCCUGCUGGUUUCUGGUGUCCAGUGAUGGGUGGAGAGGGGAUGCGGAAGAGCAGCGAUAACGCAGUCAUAAACUCUGUUUGAACCUCAUCUGUAUGCAUGCAGAGCAGUCCCCUCUGAGCCCCAGGGUCAGAGGUCAGUGGGGAAUUUGCCUUUUUUUUUGGCUCCUUUCUUAUAAGUGGCAUUUGUUCCUGCUGUGUAAUGUGUACCGAAGGUAGAAAUGCAAGGAGGGGAAAAGGGGCCACUCUGGUUCCUGCUGACAACUCCGUGUUGCAAGUCAUCAUAGUUCAGCUCACUUUGGACUUUAGAAAAAAAAUCCAAUUGAUGUUGAUGCCUUUUUAACAAGAACCUGUUGUGGUUUCAUGUUUGCCUUUUUUCAAAAUAAUAUUCUUUUAUACAUUAUUUAUCAGCCAAAAAAAUUAAACAUUUCACUUGUUCAUCAAUGUGCAAUAUUUAAAACCCAUGAGGCCAUACAUUUAAAGUAGUUUAAAUGUACACAAUGUUUUGUAUUUAUGAUGUGAUAGUUUUAAAGCCAAUAUUUGCAGAUUUAACUCCAGCGGCAUUAAAUUCAUGAAUGAAAUUACAUGUUAGAUAGUGCACAAGAUAUGYCUAAUUUUUCUCACUAUCAUAUUUUCUAAUUUCAUCUACAAGGAUUUAAAUAAAUCUGGGUGAUAUCAGGGCUCUGAGGCAGCUAUCCACAUUUGAAACCUUGUACAAAUAGCAUCUUAUCUCUUAAGGCUGUUAUCUUUAUGCCUAAUAGCAGUGGAGGCAUGCCUAAUUGCUUUGCAAAUGAUCUAAAGAGGAUUACUAAUCCCUUAGAAAGCCUGCACCAUGUCACUAGAUGUGAGAGAGAUGUUACAAUAGUAGAAUUCAAUCGAAACGCGCWGUUCAUGCAGUAGAUGUCUUCUCCAGAAUCAUCACCUGUUUGAAAAAUGUUUUAGAAACUGGUGGAUGAUAUACUGUUGGAUAAUUUUUUAAGGUUGUUAUACAAAAAGAAACUUAAAAGGUAAUCUCUAAUCAUUUGUGAAUUUUAGAAAACUGUCUUGCAGUCAUGUCUGUGUUUGUUACUUUUAUUAAUAUUUAUUGUCAUGAAUAUUUAAAAGCUGUGUUAUCUAUGUCAAUUCAUGUGCAAUAAAUGGGUUUUGGUGAUUAUGA